CUGAGCAGCUAAAAACAAGACCCGCCAUUGUUCGGCGACUUUUCAUUGCAGGAAAGCCUCAUUCCCUGGAUGAUUCAGCCGUUUUCUUCAAGGCCGUCUCCGGAGCAGACAUCCAGGUAAACGCUGUCUCUCAACUGCUAAAGGCUUCAAAGAUAAACCAACAUUUGUUGCAGUUUUACAACUAAGCAAAACAUUAGCCCUGUUUGUUUCAUAGAAAUGUCAUUUAGGUUGAGGACGACGCAAUCUUUAAGAUUUCCUCUUCUGUUGCUCAUUCAUAAGCGUUGUAAAAUAUCACAUUCAAACCAGAAAUGGCCCAAACAGACAAGUGUCAGUGUGGGUUUUGCAGCCUUCAGCAGCUGAUGGGGGCAUGCACCACCAACCGGAUGCCACCCCAAGCUGACUCCACCUUCAGUCGCCUAAGCUGUGCAAGGAAUCUCUUUCUCCCUCUCUUUCUUCCACGCUCAAAGACUUACGCAGGACUUUUCAGCCCCAGAGAUCUGCUAUCGCCUUCAUCACGAUCGAGAGAGAGAGAGAGAGAGAGAGUCUCUGGACACAGAAGGCCUUCUAUCCCUGGAAAAGGUUUCGGCGCGGCCGCGUCUUCGUCUCCAGCGCCUACGAUGUACUCAGCGGGCUUGGAGAUUCUGGGGAUGAUCCUGGCGGUGGCGGGCUGGCUGGGCGUGAUGGUGGCCUGCGGCCUGCCCAUGUGGAGGGUGGCAGCCUUCAUCGGGCAGAACAUCGUCAUCUCUCAGGUGAUCUGGGAGGGCCUGUGGAUGAACUGCUCGGUGCAGAGCACGGGCCAGAUGCACUGCAGGGUGCACGAGUCCAUGCUGGGGCUCCCCGUGGACCUGCAGGCGGCUCGCGCCUUGGUCAUCGUCUCCAUGGUGCUGUGCAUCGUGGGCAUCGGCCUGUCGGUGGCCGGCGCCAAGUGCACCAACUGCAGCCGGGACGUGAGCAGCAAACCCCGCCUUGUGGUCGCUGCCGGAGUGACCUUCGCGGUGGCCGGACUGCUGCUGCUGGUGGCCGUGUCCUGGACGGCCCACGCCAUCGUGCUGGGCUUCUACGACCCGCUGCUGGAGGAGACGGGGAAGCGGGAGUUUGGGAACGCUCUGUACUUUGGCUGGGCCGCCUCCUGCUUGCUAAUUCUAGGGGGAGCCCUGCUCUGCUGCUCCUGCCCGUCUAAAUUAGCAGCACCUCCGAAUGCCAGCGGCUCUGCGCCUUCCAGGGUGGACUACUCAGCAGCCAAAAACAUUUCCGUCAGGGGAUACACCAGGAGGGACUACGUUUGAAAAUGUUAUCUGAAUAAUGUUGUCGAAAAAUUGUCCCGUACAUUUUGCUUCUUUUUGUACCCAAAAGACAUUUUAUUUUGCAUGUAAGAUUCUGUUCUUAAAAGAAAAAUUACCAAAAAUGUUCCUAUAAAGUGUCUUCUUUUCAAGAAAAAAGAUUCAAAAUAAAGAAGUACAACA